AGCUUGCAAAUAUUAUGAUCUAGGAGGAACAAGGUGCCAUUGUGGCUCGCUGCUUCAUAGGUGUCCAGCUGGUAAGAGGCCAUGAUGCUUAGUGCAGUUGCUGCUCGUAAGGCCAAGGCUGAAGCCGAAGCGGCAGCGCAUGCACAAGCCGCAGCAUCAGCAUUGCAAGACACAGGCACCUCGCGAAUUGGGUCACGCAAAAAGCCUCGAUUGGUUGGACCGAGCGAGAAUGACAGCCAUGUAGGCGCUGCAUCAGGGCUCGAAAGGCUGGUGAAUGCGAAACUGGAAGGUGCAGCUGAAGAAAUUGUCGAAAAGAUGCCGGAUGUCUCCAGCGAUGAAGACUCACAGUCCGAAGAGGAUGACGUCGAAAGUGUGGCGACAAUGGCACAAGUUGAGCUGCUUUCACUCGAGAAGAAGUCGAAAGGCUUGAGAUACUUUGCUGCGGCAGCCCAAAGACACACCAGCGACGUAGACGAUGCUGAGGAAAGGGAAGAGGAAGACUCGCAAAACGAAGAGGCUGAAGGAUCUGCAGAGCCUUCACACGAAACGUCCGAGGAUGACGAAGAAGGCGACGAGGUCGUCGGGACAAGUAGAAAAGAAUCGAGUGAUGCGAAUAGAGAGGACCGUGCAAAUUCUUUUGCAGUGCCUGUCAGUCGCAGAGCUGACAAGUCCCGGGCACGCGACGUCCGGGGAAUGGAGGACGGACUGCGAAUUUUGACAACGUGGCAACCCUGUUAUGGUGGUAAGGACAAGAAUUGCAUUCCAGCCACGUCUAGCAGUGGAGAAAUUCUCAUUGGAAUGAAAGAAGGAGAGACACUUGCGUUUGUCGGUGUUGUGCGCCUUAAAGUCCUCAGAGGUGUGGCAUCCAUCAGCGGAGCUCAUGUUCAAUCAACCUCUCAAGGGUCUUCCAGCCAGAUGAUAGUCAUUGCUCCGCACAGCAAUACCAUCCCGGUCAUCACGGCAGUGCGGAGGUCGGAUUCACCGAUCAGUGGCGAUUCCAACACCGGAGUGCCAACCUUGGGCCCUUCUUCCACCACGGUGCUCUGCAUUCAGCCGCAUCACAUGUCAGGCAUUCAAGAUAUCGGCCUUGUGUGUCCGCUCCCGACUGACCGACUUUUCGAAGCCGAAAUGUCGUAUCACUACUCACAGCUGCGCCUGCCGCUCUUUUGCCCGGUCGAAAAGGAGUCGAGGCUGAUCACAGGCCAGCAAACGGUCCCAGCUUGGGAUGCGGCGCUAGACAUGCUGGCCGAAACAUGUGCCGUCAAGGAUUCGGAAGCGAUGACCGUCUUGGUACGAGGUCCGAAACGAGUGGGAAAAUCGACCAUCGCUCGGAUGGCUCUCAAUCGAUUGAUCACCACUCGUCGUUUCUCCAAAGUCGCGUUCCUUGAUCUUGACUUGGGGCAAACCGAGUUUGGCCCACCUGGUAUUGUCUCACUACAUGUCUUCGAUGCGUCAUCCGACGCGCCUCUUAUCGUUGGCCCGUGUUGGUGCACUGCAAGACAGCCGCUAAGAGCCCACUUUGUCGGAGACGUGUCGCCUACGGAUGCGCCACAAGAUUACAUGCAGGCUGUCCUUGACCUCCUGGACCACUUCUUGGUCUUUGUGCAAAAUAUCGAGCCGCCUGCGCGGAGGGGUCGCCGUGCUGAAGAAUCUGAAUCGAUGACAGACCCAGUGCAGCCGAACGUCCCGCUGAUCGUCAAUACGAUGGGCUGGGUCAAAGGCUUGGGCGCAGACUUGCUCGCUCAGCUGGAGGAUCGCAUCGACGCAACGCACAUCUUUGACUUUAUGGCCGACUCGAGCGUUGACGUUAUGCCCAUCUCCAUCCCUCGCCGACACAGCAACGGCUCAACUUUGCUUGUUCCACUGCCACUUUUUGGCUCAACUUCGACCCGCCAUCUAGCGGCCGCAGACACACGCACACUAAGCAUGAUGUCUUACUUGCAUAUGAAAAGCAUUCCUGCUGCAGCAUCUCAUGAACUGCCGAUGUGGGAUUUCCAUACGCCAGUCAUCGCCAUCAAUCCGUACCAAAUCGAUCUCAAGUAUGGCUUCCCUGCCGGCGUCCACAUACUUCCAUUUGGGGCAGCAGUACCGAAAGUACAUCAGCUCGCAGCGCUGGACUGCAGCAUCUGCGCCAUCGUCGAGGUUGCUGCUGGCGGAGGCAGCGAGACGAGCGCACACCCAGCUUACGAACAAUCCACCUGCAUCGGUCUCGCUCUCAUCCGCAGCAUUUCUCAAGUGCAUAAUCAAAUUGAGCUCCUUACGCCUAUAUCACCGACUCUGCUCAACGGACAUAUUGGGAGACUCGCUUUGGUGAAGGGUGCAAUCCCUGUGCCCAUUUGGGCAUUUCUCGACCGCGAGCUAGUGCAAGCUGCCAAAGAGGGAACGCUCGCCGCUCGUCCCGGUGCACAGCUUUCCGGCGUGCCGUUUCGCCAAGUGCCAUAUCUCGACUUUCCAAUUCCACCAGACAUGCACGUGAACCAGAUCAGCCAAAAUGGCAACAGUACUGGCCCACCACAACAGAUUAUGGGGACAAGGGUGCGCAAGUUGAGAAAGAACGUCAUGCGCAAGGGGCAGCGCGCGGCUAUGCAAGCUGCUGGUUCAAUGUAAUGUUAUUGCUGCUCAAUCUAAGAGCAUCAUG